AUGGGGGGGUCUCCGGGCAGGCAGAAGCUGUUCCAGCUCGCGAAGGGCUUCCGGGGGCGUGCGAAGAACUGCUACCGCAUUGCCAAGCAAGCGGUGUACAAGGCGCUGCAAAAGAGCUGGACGGACGGACGCAACAGGAAGCGCGAGGCCCGGGAACUGUGGAUACAGAAAAUCAACGCGGGGACGCGGCAGCACGGCCUCCCGUACAGCCAGUUCAUCCACGGCCUGAAGGAGGACAACAUUGCGCUCGACCGCAAGUCGCUCGCGACCCUGGCCGAGUACGAGCCGCUCUCCUUCCAGACGCUCGUCGAGCGCGUCAAGUACAUGAAGGGCAUCACCCCGGAGACGCUCGCACAGAUGCCAGCUAAGCGCGCCCGGCCUCAGGUCGGCCGCAAGCCCGUGCCGCAUCAGCCGCCGCCGCUGUGA